GAGGGAGGGUUGUCGUCCUGGUCUUCCUGUCAGAGAACAGGUAAGGCACACUUGAGCAGGUAGCUCAGAGUUCCGGGGAAUUUUCUUCUGGAAUCCGGACCAAAGUGAAGCGCAGCGCCGACGCGCUAGGCCGCAAUAAACGGGCUUUCCUCCUCACGUUGAGACCGGCCGCAGCUGGACAUGUCUAAGUUCUCCUCUUCCUCCCUCUUCCUCCUCCUCGCGCUCCUGCGGCCUGGCGCAGCGACAGAGGACGCGCACUGCAGCGGCGCGUUCCACUCCGGGAAGGACGACUUCGUGCUGUACACGGAGGACUCGGUGAAGGAGGGCGCGGCUCUCCUGGAAACACCAAGCUUCAGCACCGACGCCGAGUGCGAGCGCGCGUGUUGCAAGGACCCGCGCUGCAAUCUGGCGCUGCUGGAACCGCGCGGCACCGCAACGCAAAACCGCACGUGCGUCCUGUUCGACUGCGUCCAGAGAAACCGCUUCGUGUGCAGGUUCGUGAGCCAGGAUAAAUACCAGAGCUACAUCAGAGAGUCCGUGUUCCAGAAAUUCCUGGGGACCCGGCAGAAAUCAGAUGAGAAGGAUUCGCCCAUCGCCAAUGCAGGCCGUGAUGUCACCGUUCAGCCUGGAGAGACUGUGACGCUCAACGGCACCGAGAGCCUGGCAAGGGGUGACGCCGAAAUCAAAGACUACCGCUGGAGUCUGGAAAGUGGUGGCAACAAUGUCAAGAUGGAGAAGACAGAUCUCCCUGACCAGGUGCAGCUCUCCAACCUGCAGCCGGGCUCAUACGUCUUCAAGCUGACUGUCACCGACUCCAACGGCCAAUCGGAUAACGAAAAGGUCACAGUCCUCGUCCUCAACCCACAACAGACCAGCUUGUACUGUCGGGCUCCAACAAAGGUCGGGCCGUGCCGCGCGGCGUUUACUCGCUGGCAUUACAACGCCACGAAGGGCGACUGUGAGCAGUUUAUGUUUGGAGGCUGUAAAGGAAACAACAACAACUUCCUGUCCAAAGAACAGUGUCUCUCUGCCUGCAGAGGAGUCACAGUGACGCCAGAGAGGAGCAUCACUCUGCCAUCUACAGAGGUGUGUGACUCGCCGUGUGGUCCUGAUCAGCUGACCUGUGACAGCGGCUGCUGCCUGGACAGAAGUCUGGAGUGUGACAACGUGAAGCAGUGCAGCGAUGGAUCAGAUGAGAACCAGUGCAACAAAUUGAAUCAGACCUUGAGCCUCCUGCUGGACAUCAGUGUGAACCAGAAGAAAGCUCAGUGCACGGAGCCCCCCCGCACCGGUCCAUGUCGGGCAAAAUUCACCCACUGGUACUACGACCCACUGAGCAAGAAGUGCCACCGCUUCACCUUCGGCGGCUGUGACGGGAACAAAAACAACUUUGUGAAGAAACAAGAAUGCAUCGAGGCCUGCGACGGCGUCACCGAAAGUGACGUAUUCCCCAAAAGUUUGUUCGAACGCUUAGACCCCGAAGAAAAUGAAAACUCAGGCUCCAUCACGCUCGCCGUGAUCCUGUCAGUGGGCAUCAUGGCUCUGCUGGCCAUCCUGGCCUACUGCUUCCUGAAGGCGCGCAGGAAGCGCACUCACAGGCCCGUCAACAGCACGGCCCACGAGGCGCUGCCCGAGGAGGACACGUCCGUUUACAACAGCACCACCAAACCUGUGUGAUGUCAUCCCCGCUGUGACCAAUCUGCUGCCUCCUUCUUUGCUUUGAUUGAACUCUCCUUCAAAUGUGUUUGUUUCUCAGCUGUUUUCAGUCAGAGCUGCUGCUGUCGAUUACUCACAGUUCAGGUGACGCUGCUGCUGGAUUUUUAAUGAUGUGUCAGCAGCGUCUUUACUGCUCUCUGUUUCAGUAUUUAUGAAUUCAGUGUCUGGGUCUCAGGUUUUUUUAGUUUUUAUGUAAAUAUGAAGUUGGUCUCAGAGUUUUAAGUUCUGCCGUCGUCAUGUUUUUAAAUUUGUUAAUAAAGUUUGA